CUCAAACAAAUACAUAACCGCAGAGAUUUUCUACAGAACAAACAGAGCUGUCUUAAUGUUCUACAUCCAGGAUCCAGACGCAGGUCUCCAAUUCAAUUUGAAUGCUUCAAGUUAUCAACUUCUCUUUGGUCUGAAGGUGACAAGAAGAGGAGACAAGGAAGCAAGGAGAGGAGAGAAGGAGAAAGACAUUCCAGUUUAACCCCUGUGGAGCUGAGAGAAGGACGAGCCUACCAGCUGUGAUUUCUAAUCGCAAAGAAAGGCAGAUCAACACCAAGUAAGCAGGGAUGCAAGGAAUGUGGCCUCUGAGGGAUUUGCCCUGGCUGUUGUGUUCCCUCUGUGCAGCAGCUGUGUGUGCAGGUGGAGCAAAGGUCAGCAACAUUUCAUCGGAAAUGUGUCGUCAUCCUUGUGAUGAGUUAGUGGAUUUGAUCACUGAGAUCCACGGUCUGCGUAUAGUGACUAGCAACCUCAUUGAAGAUCUGGAGAGAGUCUCAAGAGAAAAUGAGGAGAUGAGGAUAACUCUGGCCGAGCUGAGCAACAACAACAGCAGAGGCGAUGGAGCCGGACACAACAAUGACAUUGACAAAGACAGAGAUGGGGAGGUGUGGUGUGUGCAGGACGGACGGGUGUACGAAGCAGGGGAGGAGUGGGAGGUUGACAGCUGCACCUCCUGUGCUUGCCAGGAUGGGAAAGUGGUCUGUCAGCAGGUGUCAUGUCCCCCCGUCUCUUGCAUCAAUCCAUCUUUUAUUGAUGGAAAAUGUUGUCCUGUUUGUCCUGACAAUAAAGAUGGAUGGUCUCCGUGGUCCGAAUGGACGCACUGCUCAACGACCUGCGGGCGUGGAGGGCAGCAACGUGGCCGGUCCUGCAACAGCAUCAUGCCUUCUUGCUCUGGCCCCUCGCUCCAAACUCGCAGCUGCACACUGACAAAGUGUGACCGCAAGACACGUGCUGGUGGGAACUGGGGUUUUUGGUCUCCUUGGUCUGCAUGCACAACCACAUGCGGAGAUGGCAACAUCACGAGGGUACGACUGUGCAACAACCCUCCACCUCAGAAGGGUGGCAAGGCAUGCAAGGGUGUUGCCAUGGAGACCCAACCUUGCAAAAACACACUCUGCCCAAUUGCAGGAGGUUGGACAGCAUGGAGUCAUUGGUCAGAGUGCUCCAUGACAUGUGGAGGAGGCCUUAAGAGUCGACAGCGCCAGUGUUUAAACCCGGCCCCUCAGCAUGGUGGAAAGCCUUGUGCUGGAGAGGCUGCAGACUAUGAGGCAUGCAACAAGCAACCAUGUCCUAUAGAUUUGUGCUUGAUGUCAAAUCCCUGUUUUCCUGGUGUGGAAUGCACGUCAACAAGGGACGGAUCUUGGGAAUGUGGACAUUGUCCACUGGGUUUGAAAGGGAAUGGCACUCACUGUGAAGAUGAGAAUGAGUGUGAAGUGGAGAGUGUGUGUGUAACAAAGUGCAUAAACACAGACCCUGGGUUUUACUGCCUGCCCUGUCCUCCUCGAUUCAAAGGCACUCAGCCGUUCGGCAUUGGGCUGCAACAAGCCCUGAAUACCAGGCAGGUGUGUGAACCAUACAACCCUUGCAAAGAUAACACACACUCCUGCCACAAGUAUGCUGAGUGUGUAUACCUUGGCCUAGCGUCUGAGGUCCUGUACAAGUGCGUAUGUGCUGUCGGGUUUGCUGGCGAUGGCUUUCUUUGCGGAGAGGACUCUGAUCUGGAUGGCUGGCCCGACUAUUCACUGACCUGUAAGCAGAAUGCCACGUAUCACUGUCAAAAGGAUAACUGCCCCAAGCUGCCAAACUCUGGGCAAGAAGACUUAGACAAAGACGGACAGGGAGAUGCCUGUGAUCCCGAUGAUGACAAUGACAACAUCAUAGAUGAUAUGGACAACUGCCCACUGAUGUACAACCCACGGCAGUUCGACUCUGAUAUGGAUGGUGUGGGAGACAGCUGUGACAACUGUCCUUUUGAGAGCAACACUCUGCAAAAAGACACUGAUGACAAUGGAGAAGGCGACGCCUGCAGCAUCGACAUAGACGGAGACGAGGUACUGAAUGAACAUGACAACUGUCCAUUUGUGUACAACACUGACCAGAGGGACACAGACAUGGACGGUGUUGGAGAUCAAUGUGACAACUGUCCCCUUCUAAACAACCCACUGCAGUUGGACUCUGACAGCGACCUCGUGGGAGAUAUGUGCGACAACAACGAGGACGUUGAUGAGGAUGGUCACCAAAACUCUCUGGAUAACUGCCCCUACAUCGCCAAUAGCAACCAGGCCGACCAUGACAAGGAUGGAAAAGGAGAUGUUUGUGACCAUGACGAUGACAAUGAUGGUAUCCCUGAUGAUCGGGAUAACUGCAGGCUGGUUCCCAACAAGGACCAGUUGGACUCUGAUGGUGAUGGUAGUGGAGACGCAUGCUUCGAUGACUUUGAUAAUGACACCAUACCAGACGCUCUGGACCCUUGUCCACAAAACCAGGAGAUCACUUCCACAGACUUCAGGAAGUUUCAGGGCGUUUUGUUGGACCCCAAAGGAACCACACAGUCCGACCCCCUCUGGAUUAUCCGCAGUCAGGGAACUGAACUGCUGCAAAAGGCCAACUCAGACCCUGGGGUAGCUAUAGGAUUUGACAAAUUCAGCGCCGUAGACUUCAGUGUCACAUUUUAUGUCAACACCAACCGAGAUGACGACUAUGCGGGAAUCGUGUUUGCAUACCAGUCUAGUCGGCGCUUUUAUGUUGUGAUGUGGAAACAGGUGUCCCAAGCUUACUGGGAAAAAAGACCAUCUAAAGCUUUUGCCACGGCCGGACUCUCCAUCAAACUCGUGAAUUCCAACACAGGACCAGGAGAGUUUCUACGCAAUGCUCUUUGGCACACUGGAAACACCAGAAAACAGGUCAGAACACUGUGGCAUGACCCUAACAAAAUUGGCUGGAAGGACUUCACAGCGUACCGGAUGCAUCUAAUACACAGACCAAAGACUGGCUUUAUCAGGGUGGUGGUUUAUGAGGGCAGAGAGAUUCUGUCCGACUCAGGGGCAGUGUAUGACCACACUUUGGCAGGAGGCAGGCUGGGAUUGUUCGUCUUCUCUCAGGAGCAUGUCCUCUUCUCAGACCUCAGAUACGAAUGCAGAGACAAUUGAACAGUUUUCAUCUUCAAGAUAUUCCACAACAAGAUUCCAGAGAUCCACACUGAAUUCAGAAAAUAUUCAUAACAAUGAGAGAGAAAGACAAGAGAGGAUGCAGCAAAAAUCUGGGCCUUCAUCCAGCCAAGUCUAUUAAUGAGUGACCAUCAUCUAUCUAUCUGUCUGCUUUUUAUGUAAGAGUAUUGAUUCUGGGCUGUCUCAUUUGCUGUAUAUUACUCCUCUAGCACGCUUUUCAUUUGCACCUUUAUAAUGGCUGUAAAUAAUUAUUUAUUGCAAUAAAUGAGAGAGAUGGAUGAAAAAUGA